CCCCCAUCUAAGUGGGUACCCCCGGAAAAGACAAGCAGUAGCAACUGACGUGUUUGCAACCCACCCACUUGUCUGCGACCCACCUAGGGAAGGGCAAAAUGCUGCCCCUGCACGGGAACGGCAAGAGGAAGAGCCCCCCCAAUGUAAUGAGCUUCCUUGGGGGAGCCUACUCCAAGGGGAUCUUCCAAAGUGGAAAGGUUGGGGAUGUGCAAAAGGCACAAGGGGGGAGCCCCCCCCUGGGAGAAGCCCACUACGUACAGUGUGACGAAUACGAAGAUGAUGUAACGUCGUCGGGGUGUCUUAACUGGUACAUAAAUAGAUCGCCCAAGCAAAGGAUCACAAUUAACGUGGGAGUGUUUCUCUCAUUCGUAGCAGCGACGUAUGCAACCUAUCAAACGAUUGAAAAUGUGAAGAUGGUGUGCUUAGUGGGGCUCUCCCUCUACAGCGUCUUCUUCCUUUUGUUCGCCCUGCACAUGUUGAGCUCCGUGCUGAAGGACGAGUACGACGCGUAUAGCAGCGUGGGGGGGAGCGACGAUUGGACGAGUGCCCAUUGGAGGGGAGCCCUUCGGAAGGAUGCCAAUCGGAAGGACGGCGUGACGACCCACCAGAUUGGCGUCACUGCGGAACAUAUCAACCCUCCACAGAAGAAGAGCGAAGCGAUGCAGCUGAGUAGCGGUGACAGACGAGGGGAGGCCCACAACGCGGUGGCCCAAAGUGCGGCGGCCCAUGAUACGCUAUCCCACAGCGCGGCGGCCAAUGAUACGCUACCCCACGACGGGUACGAAGUGCUCUCCCUGGAUGACAUUGCAAAACCGAUAAAGGAAGGGUCAGAAGGAUUUUUCGCGGUGCAGUACAAUUCGAUUUUUAAAAUUUCUGUAGCCUUUACGACGCUUCUGCUGUUCCUCUACAUAGUGAGAGGAGAGUGCACAAAGUUUCCCCGCGAAAAAAGCUCCAUCGUGGAGGGAACUGCCGAGACGUACAUAGUAAUAUCACCCGUUGCGUACAGCGUAAUCACCUCCAUUUCGUUUCUACUGGGAGCUACAUGCAGCUCUGUGGCGGCCUACAACGGCAUUUACGUAGCCGUCCGUGCGAAUGUCCGUGUGGCUAAAGCGUCGACGUAUUCGUAUAGGAAAGCUCUAAUUACCUGUUUUAGGAGCGGAGCAAUAAGCGCCAUAGUGAACGUGGCGCUAGCCAUCUUUGGCAUUUGCUCAUUACUUCUGCUAAUAAGCGUUUUAUACCCCUCGCUGUCGUUCACAAAAUGCCCCCUACUGAUCGUUGGCUACGGGUUCGGAGCUUCCCUAGUGGCCAUGCUGUACCAGCUAGCUGGAGGGAUCUACACGAAGGCAGCAGAUAUAGGUGCAGACUUAGUGGGAAAGGUAGAAAAGAACAUUCCAGAGGAUGACGCCAGGAACCCAGCAGUGAUUGCAGAUUUGGUUGGAGACAACGUAGGGGACUGUGCAGGGCAGUGUGCAGAUUUGUUUGAAUCUAUAUCCGCCGAGAUUAUUGCAUCUAUGAUUUUGGGAGGAAGUUUAUGUGAAAAUGGAAUCAUUUCUGAGAGCAGGGCUAGCUAUUUUGUUCUCUUCCCGCUCUUUGUGCACUCGAUGGAUUUGUUGGUGUCUACCAUUGGGGUGUACCUUGUUCGGACGAGGAGCGACUACGCGAGUCCCCCCGCGGGGGGGAAGAGCCGUGGCGGUGGGAAGCGCCACGCGGGAGUGGAGGGGCACCCCCAUGUGGGUGGUCCAUCCGACAGUGGGGCGAUGCAAACUGGUGCAAACGAAAACGUAGUGAAGGCAAACGGAAACUUACUGAGGGAAAACGAAAACCUACUGGGGGCAAACGGAAACCUACUGCGAACAAACGAAAACCUACUGCGGACAAACGCAGACACAGCCUUGUCGACCCUGAGCGGGGGCCCCCACAACGAUGACGAACUGGGGAUGCUGGGAGAACAUUUGGAGAACCCCCUGAAGGUGAUGCUUCGAGCGUAUGUCGUUACGUGUCUGCUGGCCAUGGGCGGUUUUUUCUUCUUCUGCAAAAUGUUAUUUCUCUCGGGGGAAGACAGUCAAAAUGAUUAUUCGUGGAUUUACCUGUCCCUAUGCGGAUUGGUGGGCAUGGUUUGCUCGUACCUGUUUGUCAUCCUGACGAGGUACUACACGGACUACUCCUACCCGAAGGUUCGAAAGAUAGCUCAUGCGUCUUUGAGCGGUCCCGCCACUAACAUUAUUACGGGUCUGUACGUCGGCAUGGAGUCUACCUUCCUCCCCACGGUGGUCAUUUCGGUAUCUUUGUUGGCUUCCUACUACCUAGGGUUAGCAAGCAACGUGACUGGAGAUGGGCGUGCCAUAAAUGGGCUCUACGGCACAUCAGUAGCCACCAUGGGGAUGCUCUCCACAGCAGUUUUCGUUCUGAGCAUGUCUAAUUUCGGACCCAUAGCAGAUAAUGCAGGUGGAAUUGUUGAAAUGUCAAAUCAGCCUGAACACGUUCGAUUCAUUACAGAUAGGUUAGAUGCAGUUGGAAAUGUGACUAAGGCAAAUACAAAGGGGUACAGUGUUGGUUCAGCUGCUCUGGCAUGUUUUUUACUCUUCUCUGCUUUUCUUAGUGAAGUCUCCCUCCACACGAAGACACCUUUUACUACUGUAGAUAUAGCCAUGCCAGAGGUAUUCAUUGGAGGGAUUCUAGGAUCCGUUGUGGUGUUCCUUUUCGCUAGCUGGUCUUUAGAUGCAGUUGGAAAUACAGCCGAAGAAGUGCUCAAAGAAGUACGCAGACAGUUUAAUGACCACCCGGGGAUUCUUACCUAUGAGGAGAAGCCAGAUUACCACACCUGCGUUUCAAUUAUUAGUAGGAAGGCACUGAUCGAGACGAUUAAGCCGGGGCUACUCGCCCUUUGUGCACCCAUCAUAAUUGGGUUGGUUUUUAAGCAAAUUGGGAUGCUCAGAAAUAAUGGCUUGCUGGGAGCACAAGUCAUUGCUUCGUUUAUUAUGUUCUCCACGUCGACGGGCAUUUUGAUGGCCCUCUUCCUCAACAACGCUGGGGGGGCGUGGGACAACGCAAAGAAGUACAUCGAGUCCGGUUUUUACGGAGGGAAGAACAGCCCCGCGCACGUCUCCAGCGUGAUUGGCGACACGGUGGGGGACCCCUGCAAGGACACCGCGGGCCCCUCCAUCCACGUGCUCAUCAAGUUGAUUUCGACCAUCACCAUGGUGAUGACCCCCCUGAUCGCGUCCUCCCCGGAGAUGUAG